AUAAUCAAUGUUUACAUUGUGUAGGCUUCUCAUAUCUGAAUGAUAAAUAAAAGCCGUGUGGUAUACGUUCUCUUUAUCACUUCUUUUGCGCAAAAUGGUGACUUCUGUUCAUGAACGUUGUUCGGAUAAAUCCUGUCAUACUGAUAUGGAACGUUCUUGUUCGAAGAGUAAGGCACCGCGACCUAUUGGAGAGGCUGUACACCGGGUGGUCGGGCGAGCCAAGGCGGAGAACAGACUCGUGACCGGAGUGUUGGACGUGUGCGAACAUCUACAGAGCUGUCGCGGUCGCUCCACGGUCCUGUGUCUGAUCACCGAAAUGUCCGCGCACACCGGCCUCUACAAGCUCGUGGAGGCGUUCUGUCGGGAGUACCUUAUUCGCCUGCUAAUGGUGAAGAACAUCCACACCAAAGACGUUACAGUUUCACCAGAUGAAUCAUCUGGAAUACAACAAGACGAUGAUCUGUCGGAUUAUGUUGGUUUAUGGGAAGAGUCCGAUAAAAUGGUGGAAAAUCCGUCCCCAAAACCGUGUGCUACACAAACUGCUAAGUGUUUACAAAACCGUAAAACGGGUCAAACAAUAUGGCCGCCACAUCAACAGGAAGUCACGUGUAUGUUGAUAAAAACCGGAGAUAGAAUGACCCCGGAAGAGGAAUUUUUAAUUGCUUACCACGACAUGUUCAGGUCAUUUGUUUCAGACAGAUUUCCUUGCGUAGAAGUGUCAUGUAUGUGAUUUAACAUGACGAAGAAAUGCUCAGAGAUGUGAUUUUUCAUGUGUAAUUUUUUGAAGAUGCUCCGAACUGUAGAUUGUCACAUCGAACUGAAAACUAUUGCCUUGAAAAUUGCCAUAAAUUGUGCCAUAAAGCAGUUGAGCUUUUGUUUAUAUUUUUGAUGGUUACUUACGUUCCUGGCAAAACCAAACCUUAUCAGAAAUGUGAUCAACAAAGUAACCAUGUCAUCCGACGAAGAAGGUCAACGUCUCAGUUAGUUUUUGACCAACUGCGUCAUGGGAAUGUGGUGCAGAUGAUUUCUAUCGCUCCAAAAACGUAUACGAAUAUCGUAAUUUAUAUAGUAAACAUUGUACUUCAGAUCUUUUUUGACGAUGCAAUGCGCAGUUCAUAGUGUUUUAAUUCAAUAGUUCUAUUUUUUACAACUGAUCUCGAUCAUUCAUGAUAUUAUUUUGAAAAUAUUUUGAGUUUACCUCGUAUGUACUAAUAAUAAAUUCAUGUUUAAUAUC